AAACGUGUGAUCGGCCCUCGAUUGAGGCAGAUAAGCUCCGCAUCUCCUCCGCAAUUCCCUCUCCCACACCCCCCAACCUGCAUGUAUGGCACGGAAACUGAGUCACCAGAGGGUCGCCUAUGUACUUCCUCUGCCUGAUGCCCCAGGCGGGCAUCGGCUGGGGGUCAAUGGCCUGACCGUUGACCGUCAGAACUCCAUCCUGUACUCUGCCGGCCGCGACGGUGUCAUCUGUUCGUGGGAUCUCGACUGCCCUCUGGCCUCGCUCCAAUCCGAAAACCCAUUUUCUGCUUCCAAUCGAAAACCGGGCCCGACACAAUUCAAAACCCAGGUCCAGGCUCACAGCCACUGGAUUAACGACAUCGUCCUAACUCAGGGUAAUUCCGCUCUCGUAUCCGCAUCAUCCGACACGACUGUGCGUCUCUGGCGCCCGCACUCGGAGUCUACCGAGGUCCCCGAGCGCAUCGGCAAGCAUACCGACUAUGUCAAGGCGCUAGCUAGUCCAGAUGCCCAAGCUAGCUGGGUUGCGUCCGGUGGCCUUGAUCAUAAGCUCUACCUGUGGGAUCUGAAUGGCGGUGGUGAAAUAUUGAAUAUCGAUGCCAGCGGUGAUGAUACGGCCGAGAAAGGCUCCGUCUACGCGCUGGGUGCAGUCUCGUCGGUGCUCGCCAGCGGGGGGCCGGAGAAUGUCGUGCGCGUAUGGGACCCCAGGUCAGGGAAACUAGUCACCAAGUUCGUCGGUCACACCGAUAAUGUUCGCGAUAUCCUGAUCAACCAGUCUGGGGAUACCAUCAUGACGGCCUCUUCAGACCAGACUAUCAAAAUUUGGUCACUGACGGCAGGCCGUUGCAUGAACACUCUGACCAUGCACAAUGACAGCGUGUGGUCUCUCUAUUCCGACCACCCAGAUCUUUCGGUCUUCUACUCUAGUGAUCGAUCUGGCAUGGUGGCUAAAACUGACACACGAGGCUCGCCCGACAUCGAACAGGGCACUUGUGUUGCAGCGCUGCAAGAACAUGAAGGUGUUGUAAAGGUGGUUGCUACUGAUGACUUUAUCUGGACAGCUACGCCUAAGUCGAGCAUUAAUCGAUGGAGAAAUGUUGACACUACGCUGGGUUUCGAGUCGCUGCCUGAACCUGGACGAACUAUCGACUCCACUGCUGCGCCAGAGAAGUCUUCCGACCAAGAGCCCAAGAAAAUUCCUCCCAAUGCCGCAUUACAACUGUCUACUGCAUCCACAUUGCUCGGCAAACCGUCGCCUUCGGGUGGGCAAUCGCCCGAGCCAGAUAUGGAGAAUGAUCUUGGUCUCACAAUUCCUGUCCAUUCGCUGCCGGAGGAGUCUAUUGAGGGCCAGCAUGGCCUCAUCAAAUGUUUAAUGUUGAAUGAUCGAAAGCGAACUCUCACUCAAGAUUCGGCUGGAGAGGUUGUCUUGUGGGACCUGCUUAAAUGUGUUCCCGUACAAAACUUUGGCAAACGUCAUAUCGAUGAUGUCGCUGAUGAACUCAACACCGUCGAGAGCAUUUCUCACUGGUGCACAAUUGACGUCCGAACAGGAAGACUUUCCGUCAUAUUGGAGCCCAAUCGUUGCUUUGACGCCGAGGUCUAUGCGGACGAGGCUGGGCUAUCAGAAACUGAUCUCUCGCAAUUCCGAGAAGACCAACGAAUCAAUCUCGGCAAAUGGAUUCUGCGCUGGCUUUUCGCCCCAAUUGUGGACGAGGAGAUCCGACGAGACAACGAGUACCGUGAGUCUGCUGUUGCCAAAGCGGAAGAGCUUGCUAGGCUCAAUCCUACCAUGGGUACAUCUGCUCCUACCGAUGAUAUUCCUCGUAGUAUGGGCAUUCCCAUAUCGCGUGGUAUGCAUAGUAUGGACUUCCCUGGGAGCCCGAAUAUGUCUGGAUUCGGUAUCAACGUUGGUACGCCCUAUUCGGCCAACUAUUUCAGCACUUCCAUGCAGAGCACUUCCCCUUUUCCAGCCCUUGAUGUUGAUACCCCCGGAUCCAUGAAUCGGACUAUGGAUGCCGUGCCGGGUUCAUUCUCGGAUAAAAGCGACUACUUCUCGUCAAUGCCAAUGCCCCCACCUCAGGGGCCGUCUCUGAUUUCUCAGCUUGAUACCGACAAGACUCCCAUGUCACCUGAGGUGAACAUGAACUCCGUGGUACCGCAAUCACCAGCAGAGCCUGACAAAGAGGAACGCAAGAAGGGCAGUUCUUUGUUUGGGAAAAAAUUCCGUAUGGAUUUCCCCAAGAAGCUAACACGCACUUCCACGGACACCAAGCCUCAGAUCCUAGAAGAAAAGAUCGAAGAGUCGGAGAUUUCCUCCAUCAAGGAAGAGAAGACGUACGAGGCGAACAUCAGCGGUGUGAUCGAUCGAAUCCGCAAUGACUACGAGGAGUUCCUGUCUUCAAAUCCUAGUCAGGACUUGGUAACAUCCAUCACCCCGAGUGAAGAGAAUGAAACUCCUCGGCUUAAUAUCCCUCCGCGAACAGCGGUUUUCAUCCAAGAAGAAACGGGUGACACUGCCGUGGCUUCUGAUCUCUACCGCGGUAGCGUAGGACGCAUUGGUCAAGAAAUUGAGCGGCUCGAGAAGGCAAUUCCCCAUUGGCUGGGUGAACUGCUCCUAAAGAAUCAAAUUCCAUUUAAGGAGCAUGUCAAGAUCGCUUUUAUCCUAAAGCCCUACGAUGAUUCCCUGCCACCAGUUGUGAAGCCUGAACUACCGACUGCCAAUGGUGGACCCCCAAGCAACGUGAAUGGCAACAACAACAGCUCUCGACUUAACGCCAACCGUAUGCUUCGGGUCAAAAAGGUCCUAGCUUACGUGGCUGAGCGCAUCGAUCCUGCUAACCCUGACGAGCCUGAAGCGGAAGCUAUGCAGCCGGAGGAGUACCUUGACCUAUAUUGCCAGAAACAGCUUUGCCCGCCGAACAUGACUCUGGCCACGAUCCGGACGUGCCUCUGGCGCACCUCUGGUGAUAUGAUUCUCUACUACCGAGCGAAUGGGAAGAAGGAAAUCCGGCCUCCUCCGUCGCUAACUGGUAAUGACGAGAAUCAUCUGACCGCUGGCGAACCUGGCUCUCUUAACGGUGCCCUUAACGGCGCCCUUAACGGCGCCCUUAACGGCGAAAACAUGGCACCCCCAGGUAGUAUCCAUUCAAUGACCAACUCUGGGUCCGUAGCCGGCUCAGUCACUACCUAG